AUGAUUCAUCUCAACAAAGAUGUAAUCUAGGUUCACAAAAAUCAACAGAGAAUUGAUGCACUAAUUCUAAAGAACAAAUAGGAGACAUAGAGAUUAGUAAGAAAUUCUAAAAAGUGGGUGGAUGCUUAUGACCAGCUAUUAUAUGGAUUAAAGGAAAUUGGAGAUUUGAGCAAUUGGAGUUAGAUGAUUGAGGAUGAUUUGAAAAAUGUAAUGGCUGUUAUUGAGAUCAGAAAGGAAUAAUAGUCUCAGGUAUAAUGA